AUGCCGACGCUCGCCGCUGAGCUUGAUUGUCCAGUCAUCGAUGAGACCCGAGGCGACACCGGGCCAGGGCGCCGGGCAGAGAUGCAAGCGUUAGCAGAACAAUCGUGGAUCGCUCGCGGCCCGCUGGGUUAUCUGCUCACCCGCCAUGACGAUUGCAUAGCGGUGCUGAAGGACAAGCGCUGGCACUCGGCAGCCGGCUUGAUUGCCCAAAUGAAUCAGAUCGACGACGAGCGGUAUCUGAAACGCCAGGAACGCAAGUCCAUCCUGAGCAUGGAAGGCCCGGGCCACACUCGUCUACGUCGCCUGGUGAGCAGUGCGUUUACGCCGCGCGCCGCGGAUCGGGUGCGCCCGUUCAUGCGAGAGGUGAUCAAUGACCUCAUCGAUCCCAUCGCCGCCGCUGGUAGGUGCGAGUUCGUUGCCGACGUCUGCGAGCCAUAUCCGAUUCCAAUCAUUUGCGAAGUACUGGGCGCACCCCGCGAAGACUGGGAGCAGUUCAGUCACUGGGCCACGAUGAUCUUCCAGAUCUUCAACGCCGACAUGGCGGACCACCUCGACGAGAUCAUGGAUGCCAGCGAGGCGCUUGAGGCGUACGUGCUCGAUCUGAUCGAGCAGCGGCGAGGUGAUCCCCGAGACGACUUGUUGAGCGACCUGAUCGCGGCGGAGGAAGAAUGGGAGGAAGAACAGGAAGCAGGUGAGGGUCAAGGUAACAAGCUGUCUGCGACCGAGCUAAUCAUGAUGACCGAAGCGGUCAUCCUUGCCGGCACCGACACAACCAGGAAUCAGCUGGCGUGUGCGCUGGCGGUAUUCGCUGACCAUCCGGAUCAAUGGGCUGCACUCGCUGCUGACCCGUCACUGGCUACCCGGGCGACCGAGGAGAGCUUUCGCUAUCUGGGCGCAGUUCGAGGCACAGGUCGGAUCGCGUCUCAAGACAUCGAGUACCGCGACGUGUUAUUUCCCGCGGGUACGCUCGUGUUUCCGAGUUUCGUGGCUGCGAACAUCGACGCCGAUGAAUUCGACAAUCCAAUGGACUUUGACAUCAGGGCUGAACGCAGCGGCGCCAGCCACCUGACGCUGGGGUUCGGCGCCCACUACUGCAUGGGGGCAAAUCUGGCUCGGGCCGAGAUGCAAGAGGCGCUGACCGUGCUCUCUCAGCGGAUGCCCAAUCUCUCGACGGUCGGCGAACCGACCUGGAAGCCCGACGGAGUCGGCAUCUGGGGUCCGGCCGAACUGCAGCUUUCGUUCGACCCGGGCAAGUAG